AUGAGCGCCCAGACAUCAUCGGCAGUUUGCCGCAUUAAGAUCGUCGUGAUCCAACCCUCGCGUCCGUACCGACUCGACCCUACACAAGGUUACAUACGGAGAGAAGACCACGCCUGUCUCGGCGGGCUGUACGACAUUAGUUCCCAUGGGAACACGAACCUGGCGACCUGUGCGCACCUCUGCACGGUGUCAGGAUCGUGCGGGGCGUUUGUGCACGUGCCAGGCGACUCCGCCAGCUCAUGUACGCUCAAACAAGCAUGUCCGGCACCCGGCAACUUCCCAGGGGCUGAUCUGUACUUCAAGAGGCUUUGCAACGCCACCGCUACUCUGUCAUUGACCAGCAGGGUGUCCGUGUUCACUAUCGUCUGUCCUCCCGGCUGUGCGUCUGUUGCAGGAACAAUCUAUGGUGACGGGAUGUACAGCGCGAACUCGUCCGUCUGUAAAGCGGCUGUUCAUCACGGCUGGAUCAGAGACGAGCUGGGAGGAGCCGUGACCGUCAGGAAGUACACUCCUAACCUGGACAGGACCACUUACACGACCACACGCAACGGGGUCACGGCGCUGUGGUAUAACGGACGUGACGGGACCUCGUUUUAUUUUCUUCACGGAUGUGACUCAGUGAUGACAGCGUCCAGCCGAUCGCGGGAGUUUUACUCCAACAGCCCGUUCGACAAGAACAGCGAGUGUAAACUCCACAUCAUCGGCAAUCCUGGCGGCAUGAUAGCCCCGAAGUUCAAGUUCAGCCUCUCGGACGAGGACGAGUUAGAGGUCAACUCUGGUCCGAACAAGGGGUACUUUGUGGGUAAAUAUACCAACACCGCCAGGUAUUAUUUCGGAAUACCAGACGUUCACGAGGCGUUCUUUGAUCUGACCACUGGAUCUCAAGACACCGGGCAGUAUCUAUGGGUAACCUGGAAUACCACGGACAUCAAACCGCACUGUCCGUUCGGAUGGCGUGCGUGGAGAGACUCCUGCUACUAUUUCGGAAGGUCUGAUGUUCCGUACGAAACAGCAGUUUCAGCUUGUCACAACAUGGCAGCUCACGUGGUUGAAAUCAACAGCGAGGCUGAACAGGAGAUUCUCCGCGUCAUCACAUCAGCCAAAGAUGGAGACAAAUACUGGGUCGGACUGCGCUUCUCUCAGUCUAACUCCUGGUACAACUGGUGGAACCAAGUUCCGCUGGCCGCGCAGUCGUCCUGGUGGUCUGCAGGCACCGACAAAACGGCCGCGUUCGGCAGCGACACCUGUGUGAUCAUGGGCAGAACUGCAGGGUUCCAAUGGACAACUCAGCACUGUGGUCUCGGGGCCAGGGUCGUUUGUGAAAUAGAAGGACUGGUCUGUGGGACGAUUUUCAGCAUCAGCCGCACGGUUUACGCUGACGCCCGCCCCUGGGUGGAGCUGGAUUUCGGUCGAGAGAUCUACUUGGCUGCAAUAGAGACCUCUGGCGACGUGACCACGAACUGCUACAUCAAAGCGUACAGCCUGCAGACCAGUACUGACGGGGUGGUCUACAACGAUCAUGGAAACAGCUCUGAGCCGUGUACACGUGUUAAGGUGUACCAGGCGAACACUGACCCGGGAACAGUUGUCCGUACCUUCAUACAGCCGCGCGUUUCCUCCCGGUACCUGCGAGUCCUCCCUGUGGCCUGGUUCGGUCGCCCGGCGCUGACUCUGGGGGUCCUGGGGUGUGAGAGCGCACUGAUCGCCGCCAGGCACACGGGUACUGUUUUGGGAGUGUUCAACAUGGGACCUGAGUUGUCUUUUCCCGCUGCCCGUCAUCACUGCACCAAGUUCCACAGCAGAAUGGCGUCCCCUAGCGAGCUCCGGGCCGCGUUUGAGGCCGGAGAGAGCAUCUUUCGGCAUGGGUGGCUGACUGACCAGACUCACAGAUACAUCCUCGAGCGCCUGUCCCCUGCUUCAAAUUAUCACUAUACCGGCAUCAUCAACUGGGGUGUUCGACCCAGUUCAUCUCUACGUCGUGUGUGGUGCAUGCAGCCUAUGUCAGAAAGAUUGGGAUGCUCCACGCCACUGGUCGCCAGACAGCCGUGUGCCUGGGAUGACGUCACACCUCACGAAUGCGAGCUCCACGGGUGCUGCUGGGAUCCGUACCCCGGGUAUCCGGCUUGCUUCCGUAAAACAGCUGGAACAAACAUCGCACUCGGGAAGAGGACACGUCAGUCGACAACACUGGACGCGAACAGUCACUCCUGGCACGGCAACGACGGCGUCAGAACAACGGAGGGUUGCAACGAGGGCAACGGCACUUGCGUCAGAACAGAUAACGUCACUAGUCCAGACCAUUGGUGGUAUGUGGACUUAGACCGACAGUGGGCCAUCGACAGGGUGACUGUUGUCAAACCAGUCUCCGUCAACAUCAACCCUUUCUUCAUUCACAUCGGCGAUAACGGGCAGAGCGUGUCAGCCAACCCCCAAUGCGGGCAGGACCACAGCAUCGCCGCCAGCCAAUCGGAACUGACCAUUCCUUGCGGAGGCAUGCGGGGUCGGUAUGUGGGGAUCCGUCUGACCCAGCUGGGAGAGCCGCGGCGGCUGGAGUUCAGCGAAUUCGAGGUUUAUCCCGUCUCAGACGAAGCCAAUAUUGGCGGAAUAAACGUGGCAGCCCUGUCCAGUGGUGGUCAGUGCGUGAACGCGUCACAAAACGGCACCACCUGUAGCGGCAUCAUCGACGGUCAGCUGACACCGAGACCAGGGCAGCUCGGCUGGCUGAGUUCGCAGGGCGUUGGCUCGUGGGUUCAGCUGAAGUUUGAUGGGUACUACUUCAUCAACCGGGCUAAGAUCGCACAGUCUACAUGGGUCACAGGUCAAAUCAGGACAAUCAGGCUGACGUUUGAUGACGGGUCCUAUGAAGACGUUGAACUCAGGCAGCGUGAAGGAAGCGACCAGUACGACGUGACCCAAGUUUACUACGACGAGUUUCUGUUCGACACGACCAAAACAGACUCUGUGAAGAUGACUGUCCUCACCACGUAUACAGCCUCCACUAGCGGCUUCAUUGAGGCUCAGUUCAUCACAGCUUAUCCUGAAGAAUUCGAAUUGAUACCAGCACUCGCCAGAUUCCGACAACACAUCGACAGGAGGUCAAGAAUGCCGGUACUCGCAGAAGCGUCUAACUUGUCUCUUGCCGACUGCGCCAUCAGGUGUUUGGAAGAACCCACGUUUUUCUGCCAGUCGUUUCAGUACAAGGCUGGUAUAAGGCACUGCGAGAUGUUUGGAUGGGCGGCUCCUAAGGAUGGGGUGGAACGACUGGUGGUGGAUUCAAGCGUCUCGUAUUUUGAGAGGAAUUUCGAAACUUAUUUACUGAUCGAAUGGACUCCACGCAUGACCUGCUCGUGUAUGUACGCGAACAGUGCCUCACGUGUACCACAGAUAGGCCCGUGUUUAGCGCAUCAUCCUCGAUACCACUGGCUGCACACUGCAGAGGGAACUCUUAGAAACGGAGAAACUUCGCAGUGUCUCGAGCUUCUUCCCAACAACGCCAUUGUCACGACGGACUGCUCACCGAUCAGAGAAUCUAUAUUCUUUGAAGUCAAAGAAGACGCCUUGAGCUGGAGGGUGUUGGGGAGAGAGGUAUGCUUUGACAACAUAGAUGGAAGCAUUGAGCUGGUGAACUGUUAUGCUGGCCGAAAGGUUUUGAGGAAACUACCGUUACACGAGGUAACUGAGUUGCUGACGAUGUCUACACCAUGUGACGCCAGAGAAGACCCGACAACAAAUGUAACGGGGAUCCUUUUAGCAGAAGUUGGACCUGGCACAGUGUCGGCACAUUGGAACUUAUCAGAGUACGCCUGUGAAACAAGCACUGUGCUGGUUGCCCAGACAAACCUUAGAACCAGUUUGACGACGAGCUGGAAUGUUUAUUGGGACACGGAUUUCCUCAUGUUCACCAAUCUUGGGCUGGAAGUCCCGUACCUGUUGGAGGUAUACAUCAUGACACAAAGAAGCCACAUCUACCUGUCCUACUCAAGAAGGAUCAUGCUUCGAGGAAACGACGUGUGGAUUCAGAAUCUGACGGUAUCCAUGGUGACAGAAGAAAGCUUUUACGUCACCUGGAAUGUCACUUCUUCUCUAGUCAUGGGGUAUCAGGUUACAUAUCAUCUGAUGGGCAGCGAGAAUAUCGGCGAGCUGUACGUGCAUUAUCCGGAAGUGCAUUUGAGAGGGCUGCUGCCAGGGGUUGAAUACAACGUGUCCGCAAGAGCCAUCACUACAGCCUUUGAGGGUAGCGCCAGCAGUCUCCAACAAUACACUGUUGUGGACUCCCCACGUGAUUUCCGUGCCGUGACCGUGACGGACCGUUCCGCUACUCUAGUCUGGACGGCGCCUGAAGGCGAGGUUGUGGCGUUCCUGCUGGAGCUCAUACCGGUCCUUGCUCCAUCAGAAGCAGCAAACACUUCCCUGAGCAACAGCCUAACAACAGCGGAUCUAACAGGGCUAGCCCCGCUUCAGCCUUACGUCGCGAAGCUCUACGCCGUUGGUCACGCGGGCGUUAGUGGCGGUGUGUCUGCUCCGUGGAUAACAGGAACAGCUACUGAGGAGCAAACACUGAUAUCUACGAGCGUUUCAUCUACAGAAUCUACCAAUACUACUUCAGUACCCACCCGAGCUCGAUCUACAACAGAGAACAUGCCAGAUACAACGGAUGACAUUUUGGAAGGCCAAGGAGGAAAUCAAGAGAGUGAUCUCGAUACCGAUGUGCUGAGUGAGGACGGCUUUGGAGGCUUUGCACCACUGUCGCCUUCUGAAUCGUUGGAAUCCGAAAACCCCGAGCAAGAUUCUGACGUCGGCAGCAGUUCGAGUGAUGAUGCUGAUGAACAAUAUCAUCCAGACAAGAGUUCUUCCGACGCAUUUGUUGCCGACGACGUGGCUACGAGUCAGACUUUUCCACCAUUGAUGGUCGAAGGUCUCGCCAUCCCCGCCAUUGAUAUCGUUGAUGUCAAUAACAUCGCGGCAGCGGAUCCAGUGGCACUUGUAGAAGCACUAGCAAGGACAAUGCAGCCGGAUUUGGACGACUAUCCUGUUUUUACUGAGAGUGUCAACAGACCAUUGACCAAUAACGCGAGGACGUUGAGCUUCAAUAGCUGCAAACGUGCCUUGGAAAGACUGAAGAUAGCAUCUGAGCGUUUGAGGACCACAAAUGCUGUCAGCGUUCUUGCCCAGUUAUGUGAAUCUGUCAUCAAAGCGUGUAAAGACAAGUCAUUGGAAGAAAAGCUUGCCUACCUCACUGUUCUGGACAACCUGAACGAUGAUCUUGCGAGAAAAGUAGUGGCGACGGACGACGUGAGGCGCAUCACUACAGACAUGUUACGAUCCGUUGGACAUGUCUUCCAUGAAGCACUUGGUCAGGACGAUUCUGCGACAAAUGAUUACGUUCUGUCACCUGAGGAGAGACAAGAUUUAAGGCGGCGAAAGGAAGAAGAACGUGACCAAAUGAAACGAGCCGUUGUCGCACGCGGACGGAGGACCCUGAACGUUAUGGCGGACCGUCUGAGAAGAGAGUUGACGCCAGGUGGCCCAGCAAUACGCAUCGACACCGACAGCCUCUGUCUUCAAGUCCAGAAAAUCCAUGGAGAGGGUCUGACAGAUGAUCGAUUAAACGACACAGGCGUGAACAUUGCCUUUCCCUCUGCUGACAAACUGUUUAAAGGGUUUCAGCCCAGGUAUAUUCACGCUAAGGUGCGUGGAAACUUCUUCUGA